AUGGUCAACUUACCAGCUUUUUUACUAGAAAGGUCCAAUCCUAUUGGGUACAUAUUUCAAGGCGUUCAAGAACUGACUUUAGAUAGUAUUAGGCUAGUAAGACGCUGUACUAAACCAGAUGCUAAAGAAUUCAGAAAUGUAGCUUAUGCUUGUACUAUUGGGUUCUUCUUAAUGGGAUUUAUUGGAUAUUCCGUCAAACUUGUGUUUAUCCCUAUUAAUAAUAUUAUUAUGGGUGGACAAGGCACUUAG